CCCGUGCACCUGAGCGUCACUCGAGCAUCGCCGGUGACAGCGCCCCGGGUCCGGUGGAGGGCAACGAGGGGAGGAGGGAAGGAGGAGGAGGAGGCGGGAGCAGCAUCCGGAGCGGAGCUGCAGCAGCGCCGCCUUUUGUGCUGCGGCCGCGGAGCCCCCGAGGGCCCGCCGCUCAGCACACCUGGCUCCAGAGGCCAUGGCCUGCCUCCAUGAGACCCGAACACCCUCCCCUUCCUUUGGAGGCUUUGUGUCCACUCUGAGUGAGGCUUCCAUGCGCAAGCUGGAUGCAGACACUUCAGACUGCACCCCUGAGAAGGACCUGACACCCACCCAAUGCGUACUUCGAGAUGUUGUGCCCCUGGGUGGGCAGGGCGGGGGAGGGCCCAGCCCCUCCCCAGGCGGAGAGCCUCCCCCAGAGCCCUUUGCCAACAGUGUCCUGCAGCUGCAUGAGCAGGAUGCGGGUGGGCCGGGGGGCGCCACUGGAUCGCCUGAGAGUCGAGCAUCUAGAGUCCGAGCUGAUGAGGUGAGGCUGCAGUGCCAGAGUGGCAGCGGCUUCCUUGAAGGUCUUUUUGGCUGCCUGCGCCCUGUCUGGACAAUGAUUGGCAAAGCCUACUCUACAGAGCACAAGCAACAGCAGGAAGACCUUUGGGAAGUCCCCUUUGAGGAAAUCCUGGACCUGCAGUGGGUAGGCUCAGGGGCGCAGGGCGCUGUCUUCCUGGGGCGCUUCCAUGGGGAGGAAGUGGCUGUGAAGAAGGUGCGGGACCUCAAGGAGACGGACAUCAAGCACCUGCGAAAGCUGAAGCACCCCAACAUCAUCACCUUCAAGGGUGUUUGCACACAGGCUCCCUGCUACUGCAUCCUUAUGGAGUUCUGCGCCCAAGGACAGCUGUAUGAGGUGCUCAGGGCUGGUCGCCCUGUCACCCCCUCCUUGCUGGUUGACUGGUCCAUGGGCAUUGCUGGUGGCAUGAAUUACCUGCAUCUGCACAAGAUCAUCCACAGAGACCUUAAGUCCCCCAACAUGCUAAUCACAUAUGACGACGUAGUGAAGAUCUCAGAUUUUGGCACUUCCAAGGAGCUGAGUGACAAGAGCACCAAGAUGUCCUUUGCAGGGACAGUAGCCUGGAUGGCCCCCGAGGUGAUCCGAAAUGAGCCUGUGUCUGAGAAGGUCGACAUCUGGUCCUUUGGGGUGGUGCUAUGGGAAUUACUGACUGGAGAGAUCCCCUACAAGGACGUAGACUCCUCGGCUAUUAUCUGGGGCGUAGGAAGCAACAGCCUCCACCUGCCUGUGCCCUCCAGCUGCCCAGAUGGUUUUAAAAUUCUACUUCGACAGUGCUGGAACAGCAAACCACGAAACCGCCCAUCAUUCAGACAGAUCUUGCUGCACCUGGACAUCGCCUCAGCUGACGUGCUCUCCACACCCCAGGAGACUUACUUUAAGUCCCAGGCAGAAUGGCGGGAAGAAGUGAAACUGCACUUUGAAAAGAUUAAGUCAGAAGGGACCUGUCUGCACCGCCUAGAAGAGGAGCUGGUGAUGCGGAGGAGGGAGGAGCUCAGACACGCCCUGGACAUCAGGGAGCACUAUGAACGCAAGCUGGAGAGAGCCAACAACCUGUACAUGGAACUCAACGCCCUCAUGCUGCAGCUGGAGCUCAAAGAGAGGGAGCUGCUCAGGCGGGAGCAGGCCUUAGAAAGGAGGUGUCCAGGUCUGCUCAAGUCACACCCUUCCCGGGGACUCCUGCACGGAAACACGAUGGAGAAGCUCAUCAAGAAAAGGAAUGUGCCGCAGAAACUGUCACCCCAUAGCAAGAGGCCAGACAUUCUCAAGACAGAGUCUUUGCUGCCUAAACUAGAUGCAGCCCUAAGUGGGGUGGGGCUUCCUGGGUGUCCUAAGGGCCCCCCCUCACCUGGAAGGAGUCGCCGUGGCAAGACCCGUCACAGAAAGGCCAGCGCCAAGGGCAGCUGUGGAGACCUGCCUGGGCUUCGUGCAACUUUGCCACCCCAUGAGCCUGGAGGACUCGGAAGCCCAGGGGGCCUAGGAGCGGGCCCUUCGGCCUGGGAUGCCUGCCCCCCUGCUCUGCGUGGACUCCACCAUGACCUUCUACUGCGGAAGAUGUCUUCAUCAUCCCCAGACCUGCUGUCAGCCGCACUGGGAGCCCGGGGACGGGGGGCUGCCGGGGGAGUUCGGGACCCCGGCUCCCCUCCUCCACCCCAGGGGGAUACUCCUCCAAGCGAGGGAUCAGCUCCUGGUUCCACCAGCCCAGACUCACCUGGGGGGGCCAAAGGGGAGCCACCUCCAGCAGUGGGACCCGGUGAAGGUGUGGGGCUGCUGGGAACUGGAAGGGAAGGGACUGCAGGCCGGGGAGGAAGCCGGGCUGGGUCCCAGCACUUGACCCCAGCUGCGCUGCUGUACAGGGCUGCUGUGACUCGAAGUCAGAAACGUGGCAUCUCAUCUGAAGAGGAAGAAGGAGAGGUGGACAGUGAAGUAGAGCUGCCCCCGAGUCAGAGGUGGCCUCAGGGCCCGAACAUGCGUCAGUCACUAUCUACCUUCAGCUCAGAGAACCCGUCGGAUGUGGAGGAAGGAACAGCAAGUGAGCCGUCCCCAAGUGGCACACCAGAAGUUGGCAGUACCAACACUGAUGAGCGGCCAGACGACAGGUCUGACGACAUGUGCUCCCAGGGCUCGGAAAUCCCGCUGGACGUACCUGCCUCAGAGGCGGUCCCCGAGCGUGAAGCCAGCUCCUCGCCCAUGCAGCACAAGGAUCUACCCAGAGAUGCGCAGGGCCCUAACCCUGAGGAUUCCGACUGUGACAGCGCGGAGCUGGACAACUCCCACAGCAUUGAUGCCUUGCGGCCCCCAGCCUCCCUCCCCCCGUGAAGGACACUCUCAUUCCUUGUACAUAGAGAAAUAUUUAUAUACAUAAUAUAUAUGCGCCACAUAAUCAGCAGAUAGAUGGGGCUUCCUGAGCCUUAAGCCAGGCUUGAGUGAAGGGCCCCACCCCCUGACCAGUUACCGAGUAAGUUCUAGGGACAGUGGC